CACUGAGGCGCUUUGAAAUUCAUCAUACAAAGCCAAAAGUCAAAAGGCGUACUGAAGCCCAAAGUUUUACCGAAAAUCGAAAGUCUUAUCGAAAGUUCUACCAAAAAUCAGAAGCAUUAUCGAAGCAAGACUAA